UAAAUCCCCUAAAAACGAUGAAGUUUCUUGAGCCCCAGACGACCAUGAGUCCUGAGUCGGACAUAUUGCAUCCGGACGACGGUCAAUACAUAUGGCUGCCAAUUUCCGUGCUCGUUGGCAUUUUCGUUCUGGCUGCACUGGUCUACGCCAUGUCACGUAGUCGCUGUCGUAUUUCCUGGAAUUACCUAAGGAGCAGGAAGGCUCCUCGAAGUGGAUACGUCAACGUGGAUGAGGAGGAUUCCGAUGUGCCCAUGGACCGCGGAGAUGAACUCGGAGAUCAGCGGACUACUGCUACGCUCCUCACUGGUCGCCUCCACAUUCAGGAUGGAGCGAAUAACGCCUCCAACGCCUAGUGAAUCUCAAAAGUCUUCCAUACACUUUAUUGUCCACGUUGUCUUCAAACGGUGGUUGUCAUCGGUUUAGUUACUACUGCAAACUACGUGCCUCUACUACAAGUACAACGAAAAUAGCCCUAAUUUUAAUGAUCCGUACUGGUGGCGCCAAGGAUUCGCGUCGUCAGGUCGUAGAAGCCAAAGAAGAAUGCACCGCCCAGUGUGAUCCACAGCACACGCGGCACAAAGCCAGCAAACAGACUGAAAAGUAACAUAGAAGUACAUUAAUAAAUGUAAUAACUAAUUUGUAAA